AAGGCUCGACUCCUUCCCAGCGUCCCCUCGCCCCCGCGAUGGCCACCAGCUUCCAGCGGAAGGCUGCGGCUGGCGGGCGCCUGGCCGCGCUGCCGGGCACUCGGCCGUCCCCGCGCCACGGGCAGCUGCUGCUUUCCUGCGGGCUCCCCGCGCUGGACUCGGUGCUAGGUGGAGGCGUAGCUGUUGGAACCCUUCUUCUUAUUGAGGAAGAUAAAUAUGGUCUUUACUCCAACUUGUUGUUCAAGUAUUUUCUUGCAGAGGGAGUUGUCUGUGGACAUGAGUUGUUUGUUGCUUCUGCUAAAGAGCAUCCUGACAACAUCUUAAAGGAACUUCCAGCCCCUUUGCUUGAUGAUACCUACAGAAGUGACUUGAGAGAAGAAGCAACAGCUGUUAUGUCUGAAGAUCCUCUGGAUUCUAUGAAAAUAGCCUGGCGCUACCAAAAUUUACCAAAAGUGGAGGCCAGCCCAACCACACCUACAAAGUUUGGCCAUUAUUAUGACAUUUCUAAAACAAUGUCUCCAGAAGUGUUUCAGUCCAUAAAGUGGCACAGUUUUUACCUUCAUGAAGAACUGUCUUUACAGCCUGGAGUGAAAGCAUGUAAUAUAAACAGUGCUUACACAAGGCUGCUUCAGUCCGUUCAGAGGAUCAUUUGCCAGGAGGGAUUUGACGGCUCUGAUCCCCAGAAAAAACAGAAGAAUAUUUUGCGGAUAGGAAUUCAGAGUCUGGGUUCCAUGUUGUGGGGUGACGACAUUUGUAGCAGUUAUACUCCAGAAGAUAUUCAUAGCCUUACAAAAUUUCUGUAUGUUCUCCGUGGCCUCCUCAGAAAGUCUCUAUCAGCCUGCAUAAUCACAGUGCCUGCUCAUCUUAUCCAGAAUAAAGCAAUUAUGGAACGUGUAACAAACUUGUCAGAUAUGGUAGUCGGUCUUGAAUCAUUUAUUGGCUCUGAGAGAGAAACCAACCCAUUAUACAAGGAUUACCACGGUUUGGUUCAUGUACAUCAGAUUCCUCGGCUUAAUAGCUUGAUCUGUGAUGUGUCAGACACGAAGGACCUUGCUUUUAGAUUAAAAAGGAAGAUGUUCACCAUUGAGCGACUGCAUUUGCCUCCAGACUUGUCAGACACAGUGAGCCGCACAAGCAAACAGGAUCUGGCAGAAUCCGCCAAACUGCUGAGCUCAGGAUGUGGUGCUAUGGCCAUCGGCAAGAAGCACCUGGACUUCUAGUGAUUUCUAUUUAGCAGUUUCACUCAGAUUUAUAUGACACUCUAAUUAUGAGUGUUAAUGACUUAUAUAAAUAUUUUUCUUAAUGAUUUGACCCAGCAGUCUUUAAAAAUACAUGUUAUGAUAUGGUGGUGUUUUUUCCUGGUUUCUUUGUACUAAUUUGGGGCUUGUUCGGAUUUUGCUUUUUGUUAAAGCUUCUGUUGUAUUGGGUCCUCCCAUUGUUCUGCUCAACCGGAAAUAUACAGUAUUUUAUUCCUUUCCUUAAAAUAUGUAAAUUUCUCUUACCCUUUCAUUUCUAGAUUUUUUUUGCAAUAAAAAUAAAGGGACAUUUUUCCCCAAUGGAUUUUUUAUAUACUUACAUUUAAUGUUUUGUAUGAAUAAAAAGUUAAAUUGGGUGGUUUAUUGAAAUAAAGAAAUGAAACUAAGCAAUGCAUUGUCACAUGUUAUUCCAAAAGCAAACUACACAUGUAUGGGUUUAAAACAUUAAUUUUUGUAAUCGAAACACCAUUCUUAAAUGUCAGAAAAUAUUUAUAUUAUUAAAUAGGUAAUCAUAAAUUUUAAAUACCUAAGAUAGCUUUUUUCCUAACAUGCCAGUAAUUAAGAAUGGUUGGUUUUUUUAAUCAGAAUAUAUUACAGAUAAUUACUUUGCCUUAUGGCUUACUACUUGCAUUAAAAUGCACUUGAAUGGAAUUUACUAACCAUAGAGAAAAGAACUGAUUUCCUUAUGUAGUUCAAAACAGUAAUCCUAAACAAUUGAAGUCAGCACUACGAAAUUAUGUCAACAGACAUAAUUCAAGAUUGAAAUUCAAACCGACAGCUACAUUAAUGCUAGAAAACCAGAAGAGUGCAUUUGAGCUCGGGGAAAGGUAUCACAGCAUGCUGGUCUAAAGCAGGGCAGAAUAUACAAGUAAUUCAGUCGUCUGUAGCCUCAGAUAUGCUAUUGCUGAACUUCUGACUAUUUUGUAUGUAUCUCUUUAUAUCUCAUCAAACAAAAGAACGGUAAUGCAAAGCUGACCUGUAAAUUAAAGUGGUUUGCAUUCUUUCUUGUGAGGCUGACUUCCAUUUUGAAAAGUAAUAGCUUCUUCUCCGCAGAACUUCCAAG